AUGACUCCCAAGUUGAAAGAUCGCUUCCUCGACAAGCACGGCGUCGAAGUGUAUGUCAAACGAGAAGACAUGAUCGACCAACACAUCUCAGGGAACAAGUGGAGGAAGCUCAAGUACAACAUGUUGCAUGCACUUUAUUCCGGUCGUGAGGUCGCUCACCGAGUUACCCAGUGCAUCAUUACAUUUGGAGGAGCUUUCUCGAAUCACAUAGCGGCAACAGCUGCGACUGCCAGCAAGUGUAAAAUGAAAGCUAUCGGUAUCAUACGAGGAGAAGAGCUGUCGGAGCAGCCUCUGAACCCCACACUUGCUGCCGCCGCCGCCAACGGCAUGAUCUUCAAGUUCAUCAACAGAGAAGAAUAUCGCCUGUUAACAAGCAAGAGCGAAGAUGUUCGCCUACAUCCUGCUAUUCGCCAUCUUGUUCCCGAGGGAGGAGCCAACUGGCUCGGAAUGUACGGCUGUUCUGAAAUCCUUCGGGACGUAGAACUUGCCUCGAGCUCGCAUGAUCUUCGUGAGUUUGACAUCGUGUGCACUGCUUGUGGCACUGGAUCAACCCUAGCGGGAAUGUCUCUUGCAGCAGCUCCCGAGAACAGACUGAUCGGUUUCCCUGUGUUGAAGGGAGCACAGUUCUUAGAGAGCGACGUAGAGGAGCAGCUUCAGUGGUUCUACGAGACCCAUGGGAUCAAGCUGGAUCCUAUCUACACGGGAAAGAUGAUGAAGGGCAUCUACCAACUCAUCCAACAAGGUCAAAUCGCAGACUCUCGCGUGCUGGCGAUCCACACGGGCGGGUUGCAAGGGAUCGCAGGCGUGGAGCUCAAGACAGGAAAGAAGUUGUUCGACUCUUGA